AUGGAGACUCCAGUGCGACGUCAGCGUGGGAAGCGAAGACUCUCAGAUCUGGAGCCAGAAACACCCAUCAAAUGCCCGAAAGUGAGCGCUGAGUUGGCCGAGGCACAUCAAACUCAAGCAGAGGUUCUAUUGGAUCAGGUUUCAAGGGAUUCUUACCCUUUGGUGGCCAGAGACCGAGAAUGUGAUGUGUUGGACGAGUUCUUGAAGAGCUGCUUGGGAGAAGGCAAGAGGAACUGCUUGUACCUCAGUGGUGGGCCUGGCACCGGGAAGACCUCAUCGGCAAGAGGUGCAGCACGGGCAUGGCGUGCCCAAUGCCCCAAAACGCGAGUGGUGGAAAUCAAUUGCAUGGAGCAGUUGCAGCCAAGUUCGCUGGCGGGAUUCUACCUUCGACUUAUUGAAGUAUGCACUGAUGCCACGGGCUCUUCAAGACCUGCAGUCUCGGCAAAAAGCCCGCUGUCUAGCUUGAUGAGCGUGGCAGCUUCGAGUCUCAAGAAGCUUGGAAGCUCAGUCAUCCUUAUGGUCGACGAGGUUGACCAGCUAGUCCGGAAGCCUUCCCAAUGUGCUGGGGAGAAUUCGUUAGACAAUCUUUGCAAUCUAGUUCUGCAGCCUGAAGCUCCUGCCUUGGCAAUCGUCAUGAUCGCCAAUGCGGUUGACUUGCUGAUUCGUGCUUGCAAGCAACAGCCACAAGGGCAGUGUGCUUCCUUGCUCUUUGAACCGUAUUCAGCUGACCAAUUGCGUGCCAUUGUCAAGGCACAGUUUGCAGCUGCUGGAAAUGAGGGUGCGCAGGCAGAGAAGGCACUUGGCCGAUCUGGGAUUGAGCUGUCCAUUCGAAAGGUUGCCAAGCACAGUGGAGACUGCCGGCAUAUUGUCCGAUUGUGUGAGGAUGGCUUCGCAGAAGCAACCAGGCAUAAGGAAGCAGCCGAAGCUGGGGAAGCACCAGAUCUCAAAAAGAGACUUCCUCAAACGGACAAUGAUCCUUUAGCUGAGGUCAGGCACUUCCCAACGGGGCAUCAAAUUCUCUUGGGCACACUUUCUCAAUCUGAACGGCAAGAUGUGGCCUUCACAGAUCUCUUCCAGAGAUACAAAGCAAUGCUGGCCAGGCUGAAGCAACCUUUAGCAUCAAAGCCGCAAGUGAAUUCUGCGGUUUCGGCUUUGGAGCAGCGGGGCCUGGUGCACCUUCGCAAGAAGCGAUCGAAGGGUCGUGGCACUCCAGAGCAGGUGGUCGAGCUGGUGGUUUCAAGGAAUUCCCUGCGGGACGUGCUAUGCGAAGCAAGCCCUCUCUUGAAGCACUGCUUCUCGGAGGCGUGA